UUUCUAAAUAAAUAAAAAAAUCAAAUACAACGUAACAAGCCAGAUUUUGCAAUGGAAUCAGAUUUCUACUUGUGGGCCUCAUUCAAAACCCGAAACUAAAGCCCAAUAACGAAUGACGUAAAAACAUUUUACCCAUUUACUCUCAAUUAACAGCAGAACUUGUCGAAAAAAGCAGUAAAAAGUAAAAACACCAAACUCGAGCUCGCUUCGUUUGCUCUGUCCCUGUCUCUCGAGUCUCGACCCGUCCUGUUUGAUUCAAGUUAGUGGGUGAUUUAUCUACUUUGGUGGUUGAUGCUGAGGAUCUCUUGUUCAGAUUGAUCACGCCUGAAAGGUUUAUUUAGGGUUUGGCAUAUGAUGGAUAGGAUCAACAGUCUAUCAGAUGAUAUUAUUUGCCAAAUUCUAUCUUUCCUUCCAUUCAAUAAGGCUACCUCAACAUCUGUCCUCUCAAAGCGAUGGCGUUAUCUGUUUGCAUUCAGACCGGAUCUUCGUUUUGAUGAUCACGAAUUGGGAGGAGGACCAAGUUUCAUCGAUUUUGUGGAUAGAAUAUUGACCGUGUCUGGCAAUUUCCCCAUCAGAAAAAUCUCGAUAAAAUGCUGCAAGAGUAUCGACACUGGUCAUAUCACCCGCUGGAUGGUCGACGUGCUGAAACAUGGUGUCUUAGAUCUUGAUAUAGAAAUUAUCUCCAAUGAUGAUGUCGUUUUAGUGCCUCUCGAGAUCUUCACUUGCAAGACAUUGGUUGUGCUGAAACUCUCAAACGGGUUUGAUGCUAUGAUUCCUGAUUAUGUUUCUCUUCCAUCACUUAGGACUCUCUCUCUUAGCUCGAUUUAUUUCUACAAUAGUGAUUGUUGCGUUUUGGGAAAGCUUCUUUCUGCUUGCCCUGCCCUUGAGGAAUUAACCAUUCGUGGUGAGAGCUGGCAAUGUAUAGAAUUCUGUCGCAAUGUGUCCUCUUCCACCCUUAAGAAACUUACUAUUACGCCUUCUUUUCGCUUCCACUAUGACUUUUGGGACAUGGCUUUCGAUACACCGAGUCUUACCUACUUAGAGUACUCUGAUUUAGUUCAAAAACACUAUCCGUUUGUGAAUCUUGAGGCGCUUGUUGAAGCUAAGCUUGAUCUUGAUUUAUUUGGUGGUGGCAAUCCAACAAAUCUGAUUAAGGGGUUAAGAAAUGUUGAGGUCUUGGAGUUUUCAUCUGGGGACACUAGUCAGACAUUCUAUGAUUUCCAUGAAGCAAUCCCAGUUUUCAGCAAGCUGCUUCGUUUAUCUAUUACAGUCGAUAACCGCCACUACCAUUGGAGAGCUUUGCCAAUACUUCUUAAAAAAUCUCCAAAUCUACAGACUCUCGUCAUCAAGGGUCCACUGUACGCCGAUAUAUAUGAACGAGAAUAUGGAUUGUCAUGUCCUGUGAGAGUAUUGAAGAUAACUGAGUAUGGAAGAACAAUCGGAGAGCUAGAGCAAAUGAAACGUCUCCUAGAGAAGCUGCCAUGUCUUGAGCUUGUCAAAGUUCGUGCAUAUGCAAUAAACGACAAGGAAAAAUCACGAAUCACCAACGAUCUGCUAAUGGUUCCUAGACAAUCCAAUUGCAAGAUCAAGAUCAAGUUUUGUGAGAAUACUAACUAGUACAUGAAAGAAAAAAGAGUUUGUUACCUCCUAGUUCACUAAUUAAGUCUCUUGGAACAUAAAUUACCUUCUAGUUUUACAAUUGCUCUGUUUCGUAAUGGUUUGGAUGUGAAUCAGAAUGGUUGAUUGGACAUAUAUCUUUCUCAUUUGACCGGAUGUGUUGAUAUGUGCAAAUCUUAAACUACCGCAAGUCUUGUUAGCAAGUGAAUGCAAGUUCCUUUGAAGAAGUAA